CAUUGAUGAUCUUUUAGGACCUUAAAUUCUUUUUUUCUUAAAAUUCUCAAAAAUAAUUAGUAUGAUAUUGCAAACUAAAAGCAAUUAGAUUUUGAUUUUUCUGCUUUGUAUAACGGCAAAAGCUGAAAUAUAAACAUUUCUUUAAAAGGGAUACCCACAAACUUAACUACUUAUAAAUGGUCUUUACAAUAGAACCAGACAGUCAGAAAGCUGCUCAGAAUGGCGGACACGACGAGUCAGAUACAAUUAAGAUGACUUCUCUCGGAGCAGACAUACUGAUGGAUAAAAAGCCACCAGUUAACGGCUCCUCCUAUAGUGUGUUUCCCAGUGACAGUUCAGCAAAGUCUUCAUCCACUUUGAAUAUAGGACCCUACGACGACAUAGUGCCAUCACAGAUCAGCCUGAAGGAUAGAGCCAAGUCUUGUUGUCGUUCUUGCUUCACGUUGGACACGCUCAAGAAAAGAUUGCCAAUCAUAGUCUGGCUACCUCAGUAUAACCUCCUCAAGUUGGCCUAUGAUCUGAUCGCAGGUAUCACAGUAGGCCUGACCAUCAUUCCCCAGUCAUUGGCCUUCGCAGGCAUUGCUGGACUAGCACCGCAGUAUGGACUCUACUGUGGCGUCAUCUGCUGCUUUGUGUACGUGUUGAUGGGCUCAGCUAAAGACAUCACACUCGGACCGAGCGCCAUCACGUCAUUACUGACUGCAGCGUUCGCUACAAGCUUUUCUCCAAAGCUGCCAAAUGGGGACACUGACCCGACGAUGGCCAUCAUGCUGACACUGACAACUGGACUUAUACACAUCUUUAUGGGCGUUUUUAAGUUAGGUAUACUGGUCAGUUUCAUUUCAUUUCCGGUCAUCAACGCAUUCUCAUCUGCUGCCGCUAUUACGAUCGCUGUCAGUCAACUCAGAACUUUGUUAGGUCUCAAAGGCGUCCCCAAUGACUUUGUUGCAGCUUUGGAUAAUAUAAGACAAAGACUUCCUUAUAUCAAUGUUUGGGACAUGACGAUGGGGAUGUCCUGUAUUCUGCUAGUCGUUCUAAUCAAAAAGCUUCGUGAAAUAAAGUUUAAAGAUGACCCUAACAAGCCAACACCAAAGUACAUCCUGCUGUUCCGUCAAGUAGUUUUAAUCUGUGGAUCUGCCUCUACCGCCAUUGUUGUAAUACUGGCAUCCAUUAUUCUCUACAUCUUGGAAAGUAACGGCAUCAAGGCCAUCACACCCACUGGCUACAUCAAACCUGGACUACCGGAUGUCCGUGUUCCAAGUUUCAGCAUCCAUAUUGGCAACUACACAAUGGGAACAUCGGAAAUGUUUUCGACCAUAGCUCCUGGCAUCAUUGUGUUUCCAUUCAUAACUCUGAUUGAAGCCAUGGCCAUAGGCAAAUAUUUUGCUCGUGUCAACCGGUACAAACUGGAUCCAAGUCAAGAGUUGCUAAGCUACGGCGUCGCCAACCUUCUGACCUCGUUCUUUCAAGGUUAUCCAAUUACUGGGACAUUUUCAAGAACGGCCAUCAACUCACAGUGUGGGGUCAAGACGACCCUUGGCUGUACUUUCACCGGCGUCAUAGUCAUCAUUGGUCUUGCUUUCAUGACGCCUAUCUUCUACUACAUCCCCAAGUGCGCCCUGGCUGGGGUCAUCAUAGCGGCCGUGUUGGCCAUGGUGGACGUCCACACUUUCGUAGCUCUUUACAAAGCCAACAAAAUUGACGUUUUCCCGUACCUAGUGACAUUUGCAGCAACACUUCUGAUAGGUGUACAGUGGGGAAUAUUUGUUGGUGUUGGUGUGUCUAUUCUGAUCUUACUCUAUCCCAUUGCAAGACCCAAACUACUGUUUUCUAGUGUCCAAGGCUUCAUGAUUGUAACCCCAACCACAGGUCUUAACUUCCCCAGCGCAGAGUAUCUGGAGAUAAAAGCACUGGAUAGAGCACUAGAUGUUGAAAAACCAAAUCAUAUCAUUUUAAAUAUGGAGCACCUGUCCUUCAUGGAUUUCUCUGGGAUUCAAGCCAUUAAAUCUUUACUGGCUGAGUGCGAGGUCAACGGAAUGAAACUUAUACUAGCCCAAGGUCAGAAACGGGUCAGAAGACAACUGAAACUUGCUCAGAUCAAAAAUUUGAUUGUCGCCCACACAAUUCAAGACGCAAUAAUUAAGUUUACUACUGAAAUGACUCAAGAUCCUAAGGACAGUAAAGAAGAACAGGAAACUGAUGGACAUUUUAUCAGCCGUCUCUAAAACUAAUAUUCUAUUUCUGGUCGAAAAUUCAUUUUUCUGGAGACUCAAUUUCUUGUUCUGAGAAAGAACUCCAAUGCAAACAAACGUUCGAGUGACUCACAGUCCUGGAUUCUAUAUUCCUGGUACAUGGAUUCUUAACGACCAUUGCUAUACUCAGAAUGUUCAAGUAAUUUAACACAUUUGGUUUACCCAAUUGUUUGAAAACUAUGUAAAUAUUAAGCAAUAUUCUUUUCUUCUGAAAAGAACAUUCAAGAAACAAUCAUAUUUUCUGAACACCUUUAUUUUUUCAAUGUCUCCCAUUAGCUCUGUCUUCAUAGAUGUAAAAAUGGAAAUUAUUUAAAAUGGAAUUAUUUAUUUCAAGCUACGAUUUCGAACUAGUGAAGCUGGAUUGCUUAGUUCAUUAGCACGUUAAUAACGCGAAUGUCAUGAGUUCGAUCGCUCUACUGUGCAUUUUAAAAAAAAUUUAAUGACAAAGAAAGUUUUAAUGUUUAGUUUACUAUUAUGUUAACAUAAAGUAGGAAAUUAUUUCCAAAAUAUAGGCAGUGUUUACGUUUAAUCCUCAAAACUGGAAAGACUGUGUCAUGUUCAAGAGUUGGUCUAUUUAGGGUGUGAUAGGUAUUUUUCAACUCUAGGGAUUCCCAAUCAUUCGCGUUCUAAGGCGUACACAAAAUAUUUCAAUUCUGCUAGAUAAUUUCUUCACUGGGCAAGUUAUAACAAUAAAUUAUAAGAAAUUUGAAAUUAUCAACUGUCGAUUAUAAUGAACUUACGUUUACAUGAAGUGGAAUUAUAAAAGGCACACAUUUUGAAAAUUCAAACAUAAUGGGGUCAGUUGUAAGCGAACGCGUCAUUCAGUAGAAAUUGCGUCAUUAAGUAGAGAUGUUGUCAUUCAGUAGAGAUUGCGUCAUUCAGUACGGAUUGCGCAUUUUCUUGAAAUCUUCCACAGCAAAUUUGGUUGAAACUUAUUUUUUAAGAGCGCUUACAUGAAUACACAAAAAAAUAUGGGUAUAAUUCUAUGGCUGUGGUUGUUACAACAAUCAUUGAUCAAUUAUUUAACCUCAAUCAUUUAGAAGAUACAACUGACGUAGCAUUGUUUCAGUUAACAUAGCCAUUUCACUUGGAUGAAUAUUUCUAUAAUAGUUCUAUCUAUUUUGUAAAUAUCUGUAAAUAUUUACUAACCAUAGAACCAUAAUAAAUUGAUGUCAAUU